AUUUUCUCCCACCUUGCUAGAUCUCAUGAGGAGGAAGCCAUUGACAGAGGAUUCAUCGUUCAGCAGCAGAAGCAGCUUCCGCAAAGAGAGGGGUACCAAGUUGCAGCGCUGUUCCAGGGCACUUUGAGGAUAGCUCUUCUUAUCUGAGUCAGGAGUGUAAGGGUAGUCAGAAGCGGCAGCUGGCAGAAAGAUAUUUGACAUUUCCGCCUGGCACAGAGUUUGCGGGUGCUGGAUUGCUGUGCCGACCAGCGGCUGCAUCAUUAUCUGUUUAAAGAUUGCAGAUUGUCAGGGCGUUACCAUGUCAGGUAACUCUUUGCAACUAGCUAGCUUGCAACUUCCAAAGUAGAAGCUAGCUCACAUUCUUAGAGGAGGAGGGUUUUUUGGAUGUGAAGGUGUGGUUACCAACACCGCUCAUGUUCAAGCCGUUUGUUUAGAAGUGCAUCCCUCGUGAGAAGAGCUUUCAAGAAGGCAGAAUGGAACUACCAAUGGUGCUCACACAGAGCGGUUCAGACCAGCUUUGGACCAGUGCAGCAUCAAGGCGUACCACCACUCGUGAAAGCCACGGACGAGGUGAUAACCCAGCUUCGCUGACAUCAGCCGCCCUCCCCGGUCUCCUUUCCGCUGGCACCUCCUCAAACUUCAUCGCCGACGACCCCAGCCCCUUCCCUUCCGGUUGCGCACAGCCGUCUUCCACUCCCCUCAUUCACUCCCAUAAGCCGACCCCCCAUUCAAAUGCUGACACCCCUGACACUGAAGGGCCCCUGGGGCCCACCUUUGUGGGGUCCGUUUACACCAUGGGAGACAGAGCCAGGAAGCAGAUGGUGUCUCUGGGCCCUGUGCAGAAGCUGCCCCCAGGAAACCCUCUCCCUGGCUUCUUGGAAGCGAUGAAUGACAUGCCGGUGGGGAGAGCGGUGGAGAAGGGACUCCUGUGGUGGGUCAACCGGGGCCGGGAGAAGCCGCGCUUCGAGUUCUUUUUGGACAAGGAGGCGGCAAGCCGCCAGGUCGACGUCACUAAAGCGGGCUGGCUCUUGUCGCCAGAGGUGUCGAGCAGCACGGUAGUGGAGUGUUCCCUCCAGGAUGCUUACAACUGCAUUAAGAUGGACUCAGAUGCCUUCAAGCUGGUUCCCAACAAGAAGCAGGUGCGCGCUGCAAAGCGCAUCCUUCGGAGGCAGUUUGGCUGGCGGGCAGCGCGGGGGUUCACUGGGACCCCUAUCUUCGUCGCGCACAACUUCAAUGUCGUGGUGCCGAGCGAAGACGGUGUGCGCUGGUACACCCCGUGCUUCCUGGACAAGUCCGCGCUCCACUCCGCCCUCGACCGCAGCGUCGACCUCCACUUUGAGGGCCUCAUCCGCACGCGCCGCGCGCAGCGCUACAGUUCCCUCGAUCCGGGGGCCCCCCCCGGCGGGCUAGGAGCACCCCCCUCCGAUGCGGACGGGCUCGAAGAGGACACCAGCCUGCUGGAACCGAGCGAUGUGAAGGAUCUGAUGGAGGAGGCCCCGUCUGGGACGAGCGCGGGAGUCGACAAGAUUCUGCUCAACCUGGCGGCGGUGUAUGCGCAGGACCUUUUCGACGACGUGGUACUCGGCAACAAGUGGGGCCGCAGCGCGGUGGGCCUCCAGCCGCACUUCUCCAUCUCAGUCGACAGCUUCGAGGACUGCGCCGCAGCUGCUGAGGCGGCCGCCAUCGCCCAGGAGCGGCUCAAGCAGGAGUUGGCGCACCGCUUGAAGGAGUCUGAGGGCGGGGCGACGGCGGAAUCCGGCGAGAGGGGCGGAAUCCGGCGGUGGGGACCGGAUGCCUUCAAGGACAGCGGGCCACCUGGCAGCAGCUUAUUGGGCGAUGUGGUGAGGGAAGUCGAAGCGAAACGGAACUCGGGGUUUGACGGGGGAGCGCGAGUGGGUUCCCAGGUUGGAAGCGGAAGUGAUGCGGGGAUGAAUGAGCAGGCAGACUCUCCGAGGAGUCGUGAGAAUCCGGAACGGACAAUUGGCACCGCGAAAGGUAAUGCGGACGACUUACUGGGAAGGGAUCCCGCCGACGGCGAUUACACAGGGGGCACUUCGGAUCAGCGGAACGGAAUCGACAGCGGAGUGGGCGCUCACUCUGCGGACGGUUCCAGCAGUCGGCGGACGGCUGGAGGAGCCGCGGACAAGCCGUGGUGGGAAAUCAUAAUGGACCAUCCGGCGUUUAAGCGGAACGGGCGAGAGGCCCUGUCCGGAAGCGGGCGGACCCGGGACGGAGUGGUUGUGAACAGAGGGCCGGGGUGGGAGAUCGUCCGACGGGGCCCCUUCUGGAACCGGCAGUACGUGUUGGAGCAGGUGGCAGAGGGUGCGGACGCGGGGGGGCGUUCGGCGGAGGGGCACGGGGUGCCGUCCGAAAAUUUGGGGAGUGGUACGGGGACCGGAAACGCGGAUGCAGAGAGGCGGAUUGGCGGGGGGCUUGGGAACGGGAGAAAAGCGAGUAGCGGGGAGGGUCUGAGGGCGGAAGAAGAGGGGGGAAGCGAACGACGGGACGAUAAUUCUGUGAGCUUAUCAUCCGCUAAGGGACACUCACAAGAGGCCGAAGGGGUUGCGCACUCGAAGAGUGCGUCUGAAGUUUCAGAUUCGCAUUCUGGGGAUCAGCCGGGUCGCUCGGUGGGGGUGCCCGGAAGCGGGGGACAUACACAGGCUGCGAGUGGCCGGUUCAUUAGUCAGCAAGAGUGGAACGCGGUCAAGGCUGCGGUCAAAGACACGCUGAAGGGGAGCCCGGGAACGAGCGCGGACGUGCGGCAGCAGAAGUGGGAGGCGCUCAAAGCUUCCGUCGAGGCGAAGCUGGCGCUGAAAUACCGGGAGAGAGGGGCGGGGCGCAGCGCAGGCGGGGGGACUUCUACGUCGUUUGAAGUGGAAGAACGUAGUCGGCCGGUUGGUGACGGUCCAGUAGAAAGCGGAAGACGUGUUGCUGGCAAGAGGGGGAGUUCUUCGACAGGGAGGACCGGUGUAACGGGCAACGUGCGGAAAACGGGCGACGGGAUCGAUGGGAAGAAGAAACAUCUGGACAUGGGCGUUACGGUGGAUCCGCGGUCCAAAGCGCGGCCUGGGGCGGCGGAAGCUGCGGCGGGGCAACUAGGUGUGGCGGGUGUUGUGCGCGACGAGGCCCGCAUGGCAUUGAUUGCGGUGAUGUCCGGAAGUCCGCAGGAGAAAAACCUGCAAGGGGCUCUGGACGCCGUGACUCGGGACAUCCAUGGCAAAAGCGCAAACGGUUCCGAAACGAGUAUGAUGUUUAUUGCAAAUGUGGGCUCGUUGUUUGUGCCGUUAGGGUCGCAAAGCGGAGGACCGCAAGGGGGGAUGCUUUGCAAGAGCGCAGGGAAUAGCUGCAAGCUGUCUGAGGUCUUUCCCGCCAAGUGGAUUGAGUCUCUGAGGGAUACUCUCGAAGACUUUACCUACCACGAUCCAUACGCCUUCAUCAUUAGUGAGGAGCGCUUCGACAUACCACCCUUUGACGAAAACGAGCUCACUUUCACCGACUUCAUGCUGGAGUCUCUCUCGCGGUGCAGCAAUCUGAAGCGGCUCAAAUUAUGCACGAGGAAGGUUUUUCGACACCAAGGAUGCUCAUGGCAGCUUUCCUUCCCCAACAACCUUUCCGAGUUGAGGCUCUCGAAUUGCAGCGGGGAUCAGUUGGUCGGGGUGCUGAACCAGGUUAGCUUGACACAGGCAUGCCCUUUUCUGAAGAGCCUUUCUCUUCAAGGGAGACUGGAAGGAACGCUGUGCUUGAACUUUGAGAGGUUGGAAAGCUUGAACCUCGACUUAGCUUCUCGUGCUGAAGCGCUUCGCAUCGACCUUACGUCCACCCCCAGCCUUCAGCGUAUUUCGCUGCGCUUCGAGGAGGAACAUAGGAAAAACGACGACUUCGAAGAAGAUCGGUUUACCUUGGUUGUCAGACACAAGCUGCUUUCGUUGACGGCUCUGGAUUUGAUCAAUGCUACUUGGGAGCAGACGGUUCAGCUGCUCGACAAUAGCCCCAGUCUUCAGGAUUUCACGUUCAAUCAAGGGGUACUGGGCUUGGAUGAUGACGAGAUGGAGAUCAACCUGACAGUGAUGCUUCAAAAAGUGGCAAUCUCAAAUCCUUUGCUGGAAUACCUCAAAGUGGAAACAUCCAAAUUGCCACCGAGCGGCCUGAUGGAGCGGGGUCCUAGCCUAAGGCACCUACGGCAUCUCAGGUUUUGUAAUCUCGAUAUUUUUGACCUUCUGGAAUUGACCAAGAAUCUGCAUAGCCUCCUUCCAAACUCCCCGCUUCUUGAGAAAGUCGCAGUUGAGGUAUACGUGAUGUUAGAUUCAGAAAGGAGUGAGGAAACGGAUGGCCUGAUUGACUCUAUGAACAGCUUCUUCAAGCUACAGAGAACAUUUCCAGGAGUGAUCUUUGAGCUUGAGAACAUGGAACGUUGACAUUGAGCAAUAUUAAGUGAGGUUCUUACCCCGCGACGCGCAUGUUCUUACGACUGA